CCUAAAUAUAGCGGACGAGGCGCUCUGUGUGUCUGAGUCUUUCUGCCGGAGACACUUUGAUAAAAAGCCCGUAUUUAGAGCGGCAGCAGCAGCAGCAGCAGCAGGGCAGUGAGAAUCUCGUUUCUAAGCAGAAGAAUAACUGUCUGUACCAUCUCUUCUGUAGCUGUACUUAAAGUUCGACGUUGAAGAAGAGGUUCUUCUCCUUUCAGCGGUCAUACCAAACCAUUCAAGCAAACCAUGCCCAGCUGAUGCCGGAUGCCAGAAACAGUAACUGACAUUGGGACUAUGUGUUAAGGACUGGCUCUUGAAUUCUUAACUACUUGGAGCCCGCUGAUAUUCUUCUUCGGCUGUUAGUGGAAGUUGUUUUGGCAAUGGGGAGGAAGAAGAUUCAGAUCACCCGGAUUGUAGAUGAGAGGAACCGACAGGUGACUUUCAUGAAGAGGAAGUUCGGUCUGAUGAAGAAGGCCUAUGAGUUGAGUGUUCUGUGUGACUGUGAAAUUGCCCUCAUAAUUUUCAAUGGCUCCAACAAGCUGUUUCAGUAUGCUAGCACCGACAUGGACAAAGUCCUGCUGAAAUACACCGAGUACAACGAACCCCACGAGAGCAGAACCAACUCUGACAUCGUAGAGGCCCUGAACAAAAAGGAGCACAGAGGCUGUGACAGCCCUGAUGCCGAUCCUUCCUACGUUCUCACCCCAAAUACUGAGGAGAAAUACAAAAAGAUUAAUGAGGAGUUCGACAAUAUGAUGAAGUGUCAUAAAAUUUCCACAGGCCAACCCCAGCAGCACUUCAUGCAUGUAGCACCAGGCAGCAUGACCUACAGUCCUGGUGCCGGAGGAGGAGGAGGAGCGACAUCCCAGGCUUUAGCUGCAGCCACAGCAGCUCUGGCUGACAGCGGGAUCCUCUCCUCAUCUCACACACACCUCCACAGAAACAUAAACUCUUCACAAAGACCUCCCAGCACGGGAAACACAGGUGGACUGCAGGGCAGUCCUGAUAUGGCUCUGCAAAAUGGAUCUGGACCAGCUGUGAAUGGAUUCGUGGGUUCAGCCGGAGGAGGCAGCUUGGGAAAGAUCAUACCACCAAAAUCUCCUCCUCCUCUUCCACCUCAUGAGAACAGCCUGGUCCCUGCCAGCCGCAAGACAGACCUCCGAGUGGUCAUCCCCCAGUCCAAAGGAGUGAUGCAAACACUGAGUAACCAGAGACUGGGCAGCAGUCAGUCCAGUCAGCCUCUAUCCACACCGGUUGUCUCCAUCACCACACCCAGUCUGCCCCACCAGAGUCUGGUCUACACUGGCAUCGGUUCAUCCUACAGCAAUGAUUACUCCUUGAACAGUGCAGAGCUGUCAGGCUUCAGCUCUACCACAGGCCCCUCUCUGGGCUCCAUGGCACCAUGGGAGCAACACCAGCUGAGCUCCAUGGGGUCAGGAGGCUCCAGUCUCUCCAUCAACACCAACCACAACAUCAAUAUCAAAGCCGAGCCGAUCUCCCCACCCCGAGACCACCUUAACCAAUCUGCAUACAUCACCCAUCCUCACGUCCCUCCUCAUCCUCACUCUUCCACCUCCUCAUCCGCUCGAGUGGAGAUGAGGAGGUCCCCUGCAGACAGCGUCAGCUCCUCCUGCAGCUCCCAUGAGGGCGGCAGCGACCGGGAGGAGCACCAACGGUCAGACUUCCACCCACUUCCUGCGAGUCAGUCUGAAGGCAGGGAGAGCCCGACGGUCAAACGAAUGCGAAUGGACAGCUGGGUGACAUAGACCCUGGAGUCACAUGAUGAGAUGUCAUCGGAGCAAAUGCAGGAAGGACACUGUUGCAGACUAAAUGUGGGUGUUAUUGACAUGCUCUGUUAACUUUUCUUUAAAUUAUCUUUGUUCCUAACUUGGUUUUUGAGAGGGAUUGAGCGAGAUUAGUUUGAUCAUUGUGGAUCUGAUAAACAUGUCAAACUGUCUGAAAAUCUUAUGGUACUUUAGAAAAUUCCACGUUUUAAACACAAUGAAAGCAUCACAGAUCGAUAAAUGUGGGUCCAAUUGAAGUACAAUCUGUCAUUUUCAUAUCCUGUGGGGUACUGGACACAGAAGAAUGAAGAAGCAUUACUGUGAGCUCAUGAUAUGGGCAGUAAAACAGAGAAAUGCUACUAGAUGUCUCCCACUGGGUGUCAGGCAAUUCAUUCUGAACUUCUCAGGGUUUCAAACAUUAACUGAGUCAAACAUGAAAGCAAUACUCCCUCCACAUGGUCAUCUCUGUUACUCUUUAUAAAAACACUUAUUUAUAUAAGCCAAAGCAGUAUACUGUUUUUAUGUUGUUUAGUGUGUUUUUAUAUUGUGCACAGAAUAAUACAAUAUUUCAUUGAGAUUUCAAACUGAAAGCCAUGGACUAUGUACUACCGAAAUAUAUCUUUAUUGUUUUGUAUAUAGUAUCUUUAAUAUAUAUCACUUUUGGUGUAACUAUAUAGUGUUGUCAAUCUGUUUUAUUUGCUUUGGAGAAUUAUGAAACCUCCACCAUGUUUUACAAGAAUAUAUUUUUGUGGAUGAUUGCCAUAUUUGCAGAGCAUUAUCCUAUGUUUUCUCAUCAAGUGUCUGCUGGAUAAAUCUGUUUUGUGAAGUACA